CAUUUCCAUCAUUAUCAGCUACAACCACUGUCGACCCGGGCGCAGCAGCAACAGUGGUCCUACCCGCCACGUCCCACAAAACCACCCCCAUAUUGUCGCCCCUUGGGCUUCGCAAGGAUCAACUCUCCCCUCACGCCCUCGCACCAGCAUCCGUGGUGGUCGGCUGGUGGGCAUCCCUCGUCUGUAUCUCCUGCGCAAACAUCUCAUGAACACCUGCAGCAGCAGCAGCUGCAGCAGCAGCUCUUAUGUCAGCAGAGACAACAGCAAGACAUGAUGCAGCAACAGCAGCACCCGCAUCUCGUAACAUCCCCGUGGCGCAUGUCGUUGCAUGAGCCUGGCCAGAUGAUGCAACAGGUAAUGGUCAUGUUGCAGUAA